AUGGUCUCUUUCGCUUCUUUUGGAGGGACUCUGUCCCUCACACUUUCUUGCUUGUGCCUCAUCGUGGCUGCUGAGUCUGGCUAUGCUGUCGUGGAACGACUAAACGGCGCGCCGGAUGGCUGGACGAAAGGUAGUGCACCAGCGCCUUCGAAGCUGAUGAGAUUUCAAUUGGCACUGCAUCAGGAAAGGGCAGGUGAGUUUGAGCAACGAGUGGUAGAUCUCUCCACUCCUGGUCAUGCCAGCUAUGGGCGCCACAUGAAGCGCGAGGAUAUUAAGGAAUUUGUACGUCCAUCCGAUGAGGCAACGGACAAGGUCUCUUCGUGGCUUGUGUCGGAGGGUGUUCCUGCUCAAUCUCUUGAAGCCCGUGGAAAUUGGAUGGCCUUCACGAUUCCAGUAUCGCAGGCUGAACGCUUGCUGACGACACAAUUCUUCAAUUUCAACCAUGGAGAGACCGGGGCGACGGCGAUCAGGGCUCUCGAGUAUUCGGUCCCUCAAGAAGUUCAUCCUUUCGUUCAAAUGAUUCAGCCAACAACUCGGUUUGGGGGACUGGCACCGCAGACCGGAAGGAUGCAGUUUAAGCCGCUGCCUGCCACCUUCGAAGAGCUGGCUGCCAAUUGCUCCACGACGGUCACUCCUGACUGCCUUCGUGAACUAUACGGGAUCUAUGAUACCAAUGCAAAGCCCGACCCCCGGAACCGACUGGGAAUUUCCGGUUUCCUAGACCAAUACGCGCGUUACGGAGACUUCCAUGAGUUCAUGCGUACUUAUGCCCCAAACAUAACCGACGCCGAUUUUGAUGUGGUUUCGAUUAAUGGCGGUCUCAACCUACAGAAUUCUUCGCGGUCUAGCACCGAGGCAAGUUUGGACGUGCAAUACGCCGUGUCUUUGGCAUACAAUGCGCUCGCAACAUACUAUACCACAGGGGGUCGGGGACCAGCCGUUCCUGAGGAAGGCGAGUCGAAUGAUACUGAGUCGACCAACGAGCCGUAUUUGGAACAGCUACACUACCUUCUCGAUCUACCAGACGAGGAGCUUCCCGCCGUUCUUACGACCUCGUAUGGCGAAGACGAACAGACUGUUCCCUACGAAUACUCGAAUGCCACUUGUAACUUGUUUGCUCAGUUAGGGGCGCGUGGCGUCUCCGUGAUUUUUAGUAGCGGCGACUUCGGCGUGGGAGCGUCGUGCUUGACCAACGACGGAACACAUCGAACAAGAUUCCAGCCAAUAUUUCCGGCAUCGUGUCCAUUUGUUACGUCUGUCGGGGGCACAUACGGUGUAGAUCCCGAGGUAGCGAUCAGUUUCUCUGGAGGGGGCUUCUCGGAACGCUUUUCACGUCCCUCAUAUCAAGACGCAAGCGUUAGCGGCUACCUCGACCAACUGGGAGGGAGAUGGGAUGGACUAUACAAUCGCGAUGGAAGAGGCAUUCCUGAUGUCGCUGCCCAAUCCUUCAAUUUUUUGGUGGUAGAUCAUGGCUCCAUGGGGAAGGUAGGCGGUACUAGCGCCUCGGCACCGGUCUUCGCAGCCAUUAUCUCCCGGCUGAAUGCAGCCCGACUGGAGGAAGAUAAGCCGCGGUUGGGAUUCCUGAACCCUUGGCUCUACUCUCUCAACCAGACCGGGUUCACUGACAUUGUCGACGGAGGUUCGUUAGGAUGUGACAGUGGCCCUGGGCCGCGUGUUCCCUAUGCUAGUUGGAAUGCGACGACGGGAUGGGAUCCCGUCACAGGCCUUGGGACCCCCUUUUACAACACUCUUGAGAAAGUUGCGAAGUCUUUCUGA